AUGCCCUCCCCUUCAUUCAUCACACACCCCCGAAAUCCCUUGUUCCUUUUAGUUUUCAUAACGGUCUCCUCGAUUUUCUCCUCGUCACCCCACAUCUCAGUUGAAGCGAAAACAUUCGAGAAUCGGAUAGUUGGUAAACCAUUCGUCUCGUGUCGUCCGGAAGGAGUUUCACUUGUUGCGCAAACCGAGGACUUCUUUGAGGGACAGAUCUACGUCAAGGGCUCACGGAGCAACCCAUCAUGCUCAAAAGCAUUUGUUCUAUCCCAAAACUCGACUGACUUGGAGCUCAAAGUAGAAUCCCAACAAUUGAUAAAAUGUGGAUUCCGGGCAUGGCCCAAGCCGAAUUCCAAAAUGAUGUUACUAUCAGGACAAGUUAUUGUUGCAUUCCAUCCAACACUGGUCACACCAUCGGAUCGAGCAUUCAGGGCGCAUUGCGAAUUUGAGGAUUUCAAGCAACAAGCCGAGAUUGGGGUGGAUAACGUGUUCCAAGAGCACGACUUGAUUCUUGGCAACUUCGAGCUUCCGGAAAUCUCUAUGAAAGUACUGCCGGCGGGUGAGGAGUCGGUGUCGAAGAACUCUCUUGAGCCUCAAGAGCUGAAAGUGCUAAAAGUUGGUGAUCCUAUCAUAUUCGAGUGGAAACUUCAGCAAGAACAUGGUAUUUUUGGCAUUGAACUAGAGAGAUGUUCGGCUGAAACAGAAGAUGGAAAAGGGAUGAAAAUCAUUGAGAACGGAUGUUCCUUGGACGAGGAGCUGAUAUCGGACACCACUUCUUCCGCAGAUUUUUCGAAGAUUUACGCGAACUCGUUGGCUUUCAAGUUUCCAGAGGAGCAUAUCGUGUAUAUCAGAUGUGCGAUCCGAACACCUAGAAAUCAUCAAUGGAGAAGAGGAAGACUUGUGCUCGGCAGAAAACAAUUGUGGAUUCUUGCCGAGUUCGGAAAACCAAAGAAGCAGAAGACAGUUGAUGAGAACGAACAACACGAGAACCGACAUAAUCUACGUGAACGGCAGAUUCCGAAUCGAAAAGCACCGUGGCUUCGAGCACCUCCGAACCGCAUCCACGUCAUCACCCUCAACUUUUUGUAUGCCAGAUAUUGUAUACUACGCUGGAUUAAGUACAGUAGUCUUGUGUUAUGUGAUUACGAUAUCGACUACAGUAGUCUAUAA